CACUUCUUCGCCUUACUACUACAUCCUCGCAAUAGCUUUUGCGGUUCUAUAUUGUCACGCCGUUCAACAUGACAAGCUCUUUAUUCACAUAGGUUCAACUGCACCCCUCGGGAGAAGACCUGAGCUUCAAAUGGUAGAAGAGAAGUGCCAGACUCCUACGAUAUGUACCAACUACAAAAUCUUUAAUGCUUCGUGGUUUGCCGCAAUUGGUCUUUCGUUAGCCCUAUUCUGGUGGUUUUUGAUCUGGAAUUUGUAGAUGCGGACGAGGGUGGAGGUUGGUAUGAGAAUUGAUGUCUCGUUUGGCGUAUUGUAAGUUGGUGCAUGACUUGAUUCUAAUAUCGGAAUUCAUAGGCCAAAAGGUGAAAAGAUCAGGUAUUUGUUCUAUCUUCAAAAGGAUUCAUAUUGUCUAACUCCGCU